GAUUGGUGCUCGCUGGGUGACGGACGGCUUCAGAGCGAGCGCGACCGCUACAUCUUCAAUUUGGGAGGAAAAAAGCCAACAAACAACCCGUUUUUUCAGCGUAACUUCUGCCUUUACACAACAGCAGCUGGACUCGUUCCGGUAUUUACCGACGGCGAACAAACCCGCCCGCCGUGUCGCUCGGGAAGAUGAUGUAACGUUAGUUUGGUCGGUUGUUUAUCAGGUGAAACGUCUCGGCUUGAGGCUGCUGGCUACAACUCGUUUGAUUCGUCCCUCAGAUCAAGAACUUCAAACUGGCGGAAAUGGAUGAACAAAGUGUUGAGAGCAUCGCUGAAGUGUUCCGCUGUUUCAUCUGCAUGGAGAAGCUGAGGGACGCUCGUCUCUGCCCUCACUGCUCCAAGCUCUGCUGCUUCAGCUGCAUACGACGGUGGCUGACGGAGCAGAGAGCUCAGUGUCCACACUGCCGCGCCCCCCUCCAGCUGAGGGAGCUGGUCAACUGUCGCUGGGCGGAGGAGGUCACCCAGCAGCUGGACACCCUGCAGCUCUGCAGCCUCACCAAGCACGAGGACAACGACAAGGACAAAUGUGAGAACCACCACGAGAAGCUGAGUGUUUUCUGCUGGACCUGUAAGAAAUGCAUCUGUCACCAGUGUGCUCUGUGGGGAGGCAUGCACGGCGGCCACACCUUCAAGCCCCUGGUGGAGAUCUACGAGCAGCACGUGACCAAGGUGAAGGACGAGGUGGCCAAGCUGCGCCGGCGCCUCAUGGAGCUCAUCAGUCUGGUGCAGGAAGUGGAGAGGAACGUGGAGGCCGUCAGGGGAGCGAAGGACGAGCGGGUCAGAGAGAUCCGGAACGCUGUGGAGAUGAUGAUCGCUCGCCUGGACAACCAGCUGAAGAACAAACUCAUCACCCUCAUGGGCCAGAAGACGUCCUUGACCCAGGAGACGGAGCUGCUGGAGUCUCUCCUGCAGGAGGUGGAGCACCAGCUUCACUCGUGCAGUAAGAGCGAGCUGAUCUCCAAGAGUCCAGAGAUCCUGCUGAUGUUCCAGCAGGUCCACCGUAAGCCCAUGCAGUCCUUCGUCACCACGCCGGUCCCUCCGGACUUCACCAGUGAGCUGGUUCCCGCCUACGACUCCAGCACUUUUGUUCUGGUCAACUUCAGCACCCUGAGGCAGCGGGCCGACCCGGUCUACAGUCCUCCUCUACAGAUAUCCGGGCUCUGCUGGAGGCUCAAAGUCUACCCCGACGGGAACGGAGUGGUCCGUGGAAACUACCUCUCCGUGUUCCUGGAACUGUCUGCUGGACUUCCUGAAACGUCAAAGUACGAGUACCGCGUGGAGAUGGUCCACCAGGCCUCCAGCGACCCCACCAAGAACAUCAUCCGGGAGUUCGCCUCCGACUUCGAGGUCGGAGAAUGCUGGGGCUACAACCGCUUCUUCAGACUGGACCUCCUGGCCAGCGAGGGCUACCUGAACAUGCAGACGGACACACUGGUCCUCCGAUACCAGGUCCGCUCUCCCACCUUCUUCCAGAAGUGCAGAGACCAGUACUGGUACAUCAGCCAGCUGGAGUCGGCCCAGAGCGGCUACAUCCAGCAGAUCAACAACCUCAAAGAGAGGUUGGCCAUUGAGCUGUUUCGCCGUCAGACGUCGCGGAGCUCCUCCCCCCCCGACAUGAGGCUCUCCGUGGGGACCACCACCACCACCGCCUCCGAGAGGGACCCCCGCUCGGUGAAGAGCGACGACGACCGGCAGACCGCCCUGAACCACGCUAAGAAAGGCGAGGAAGAGGAGCGGACGCAGCAAGACGACUCUAAUGAGUUGUCGGACGGGGACCUGGAGGUGGACUGUCUGACGGAGGAGGAGGUCAACCCGCUGGAUGGCAGCAGCACCUCGGGGAGCUCCACGGCAACCAGCAACACGGAGGAGAACGACAUCGACGAGGAGACCAUGUCUGGAGAGAAUGAUGUAGAAUUCAUUGGGAUCCUGGAGACAGAAGAGGGAGAGCUUCCCGAUGACUUGGCUGGAGCAGCAGGAGGUCCUAGCUCCGCCGUGCGCUCCUCACACCGCUCCGCCUCCACUCGCGGCGCCGGCAUCGGUGGUGGUGGCGGCGGCGCCGGAGCGGCGGCGUGCGGCACCAUCGGGCCGGGGAGCAGCAGCAGCCUCCUGGACAUCGACCCGGUCUUCCUGAUCCAGCUGCUGGAUCUGAAGGAGCGUCGCAGCGUGGAGUCUCUGUGGGGCCUCCAGCCGCGACCUCCUGUGUCUCUGCUGCACAGCCAAGCUCACGCUCACUCCAGGAAGGACCGAGAGCGGCGGCCUCAGGCGGUGCGGCGCUCCGCUCCCGACUCGGGGGUCCUGAUCCGCCUCAAGGCCCAGAUGGCCGAGGUCCGCAGCAAGCUGACCGACACAAAUGGUCCGGUGCUGGAGGCCCGGAGGGCCGGGGAGCCCAGGCCGGGCCCCUCGGGGGGCUGCAGCGGGGAGGAGGUACCUCCCCACCACGCCGACUCAGAGCUGUCCUCCUGCCGGGAGCCGGGUGAGCUGGACCUGCUGAUGGGGGCUGCUGCAGCUCGGCCCAGACCCGGUCGCCCCGACAGGAGAUCUCUGUCGCCGGUCCUGGAGACCAGCAGCUCUCUGGUGAUGAAGAGGAGGAGUCCAGAGGAGAUGAUGGAGAAGGACCUGAGAGGACCAGAUGUGUCCACAGAGCUCAGUCUGCAUCUCAAAGAGGGGCUGGGGGGGGGAGAGGGGCCGAUGAAGGCCGACGGCCCCCCGGGGCCCCUCGUGUCCCUCGGCGGCGGCUCCUCGGCGGAGCAGCAGGCCUCCACCUCCAAGCUGCUGCAUCAGUACUCGGCGGCGGAGCAGCAGCAGCAGGAGCUGUUCGGGGCGCCGGGGCCCCGGGACGACGUCUUCUCCCUGCGGGGGGCGAGCUACAUGACCGGCGGGAAGGGCCGGGCCCUCGGGGCGGCCAUGUUGGAGUGCGAGUCCGAGAACUUGGGGAACUGCCAUCGCUCCCUGCUGGAGGGGCCCGCUGCCGCGUCGCUAAACGGCAGAUCAAACGAAGAUCGCUCGCCGUCGGUCCUCGUGGCGGCAACGAGCAGCGACAGCGACACCGAGGACGAGGCUCUGCAGAGCAACGACUCUCGCUACGACAACCAGACCCCCCCCUGCUCAGGAGAGCAGCUUCUGUCUGACGACAUGAGUCUACCUGCUGACAGGAGAAAACAGCCAGUAACUCAGGUGUGAUCUCAUAACAUCAGCGCUUUAAGCUCUUCUCUUCUCUUCACGUUUGCGUUACGUUUUAUGAUUCGGGACCAACGUCUCGGUUCAGUAAAGACAACAAACUUGUUUGUGGAAAGACUGGAUCUCUGAAAGUGUCACUUGUCAAACAUGACCCUUGACCUCCAUGAAGCCGCCGCCCCCCCCUGAGCUUUGAUCUGCAGCGCUGUCUGACUGCACGGAGAGUAAUGCGCGCUUCUACAAGGCUGUCCUCACCUGCUCGGCCCCCGUCUCGCACGAUUGUUCCACUGCUUGUCCCUCCCGAGCGUUUUAUGUAAAUGUCGUCUCUCUCUGAACGCCGCCUGGUGUCCCUGCGACAUUUGAAAGAGUCAAACGAUCACCGGAUUACGAAACCUCUGACGUCUGUGGCGAAGUUAGAAGAGCGAAGCGAAAAGCCCUCCGAAUGUUUGUUCAGAGGAUACCGAGCUUCAGCCGGUUAGCUUAGCUUAGCAUCAAAAAACCCCACAUCGGCUGCUCGGCUCAGCGUGUUGACGUUCGGAUUUAGACUCCGACUGUGCAACUCUCUUAAACAGUCCGCCGCAAAAUAAAACUGUCUGUUUCCAGGUAAUCAGACCGUGUUGCGUGGACAGACUUUUAGUUCCAAUACUUCAAGUCAACACGGGGACGUCUCCUUCCAGAAAUCAAAAAAUGUAUUAAUAAAUUACGCCACAGGUGAGGAACAAAGUACUGAACUGUUUUAAGGUGGAAACUUUAAUAUAAUUGCCUCUGUCGUGCUCAAUCCAAAAUACCCUCAGUAGAUUUUUCACAGUGGACAUUUUAUGUACACGAGUCUGCUAACACUUCAACUAGAAUACUUGUUUUUAGUUUAGAGAGUUUUUCUGAAUUUAAGUGAAGGAUUAACAAGAAACGUUUAUUCUCUAAGUUUAAAGUAGUAAGUUCACGAGGUUAAGACACUGUUUGGAGUCUGGAGACUUUUUAUAAUUUGCUGAUUCUGGGGGGAAAUGACGAGCAUUUUCUUAUUUCAAUUUGACCUCAUGAAAAAUUGUGUAUAGAAAUUGAUCCAACAGAUGUUUUUUUGUUUUGUCAAAUACUACAAAUUUUUUAAAGUUUUGUUUUCUCACAGAUUCAUGACUUUAAUCUCGAAGAAUAUGUUCUUUCGUCUGAACAUUUAUUUUCUAACUUCUCUUUGUGCUUCUGGCGUUUAAAGCUGCUCUCUAUUUUGAACAUUCCCACGAAGCACCGUGCAUUGGUUGAUGUGAACACUAACGUAUUUAAAUAAAUAAAAUGUUUUCUCUCGCAA